AUGAGCGCACGUUCGCGCAGGUUGAAUGAGAGUCUGGGAAGUAGUUGGGGAGAUGCCGACUAUGCAUCUGAUGAGGCCAGUUCGGUAGACUCAGCAAAGGAGACUACGGGUGAGGUUGAGUGGGAAGAUUCCAACAAGGAAAUCACACAACAAAGGCAACCUGAUGUAGUACCACUUCGUACUCCCAGGGCCAAGCGAUCCCAACUAUCCCAAUCAACACCUCCAUUGCAACCUCGGUCUACGCCUUCCCGUAAGUCAACAAACAAGAAUUCAAAGAAACAGUCCCAUACCCUGGAAUCCUCCAGAUCACGACCAAAAGCUACAAGGAGCCUACAUAGGGCGGGGGCAGAGGAGCCUUCAGAACCUAGUCUCAUCAUGCCUUUGAUGUACAACUCUCGUAAUCAUGCCAUGGACGAUGAACAUACACGUGCUUCACCUCAGAUUCGACAGCGUGCGACAAAUCAGUCAGCACUACGAAGGCCAAAUACCACUUCUCCAGCCGUCGGCCCAACAUCAUCUGUUGAUAAUCGAGCGCGUCCUUCAAAAAAGCAAGAGCAAGAGCAAGAGACGAAGGGAAAAGAGCUAGGGCCAUGGUAUUAUGCCAACCUGGUCUUGCAGAAUUUCGUGUUUCCUCUACUCGCCCAUAUUCUAGAUAUAUUUUCUUAUGCGUUGCGCCACUUCAUCAAGCCAAUCUUAGGCGUCAUUCUAGGAAUCGGCAUCAUAGUCUUUGGCAUCCAAGCAGGCACCGGACUCCUACGCUCCUCUGUCAGCAAUGCCCUCCUUGCCCCCGUCUGCUCUCUUCCCGGUUCCUCCUACUUCAUCUCCGCCUGCCACACCGAGCCCCCUCACGCCAACUUUGAAGAACUCAUUGCCGUCCAAGAUCAAUUCGACGAUAUUGUCGACGCCUCCAAAGACGUCCACACACUCCCAUCCUCCAUCAAGGAUUCUGAACUCGCGAUUCGCGAUCUCCGCACCCUCGUCAAAUACUCCCGCCUCCCCUCCAGGAACGAACUCGACAACGAAUUCGAAAACUUCAUCCUGACCGCCAAAGAAGCCUCCCAAGACCUCGCACGCUACAACUCCCGCAUAGGCGGCGCAACCGACCGCAUCAUCGCCACAAACCAAUGGACCAUGAACGUCCUCCGCGGCCUCGACCAAGACGACUCCUCCACCGGCGCCCUCCAAACCUUCAUCAACGCACUCACCCGUUCUUUUGCCCCGCCCUCGCCAUCCCUCCAAUCCCGUAUCUUCGACCAAUACGUGCUCCACAUCUCCCGGAACAAAGAUGAAAUCGAUGCCCUCAUCAAAAGCGCAACCUCCCUCCUCUGGGUCCUGACCAACCUUGACGAACGCCUCACUACCAUCCAUGCCAUCGCCGUCAAUGACGAUGCCACCAUCUCUGCAAAACAGGGUGAUCUCUUAUCCUCGCUCUGGACACAACUCGGCGGUAACCGUGCCGACGUAAAGGCAAACGCUAAUUCUAUCAACCUGCUACGCAACAUUUACGCCUACCGUAAACGGGCCGUCCUCCAUGUUUCCGACACCCUAGUCAAGUUGCAGGAAAUUCAGGCAGAGCUCGAGAAUCUGAGGGAGGGUGUUGCGGGCCCGCUUUUGGCCUCAGUGGCGGCAGAGACCCCGGGGCAGGGUGAGCGUGUGGGGGCGGGUGCUGCGGCGGCGGCGGCUGCAAUGCCAAUCGAAUACCACGUGGAAAUUAUCGGUCGCGGCGUCGAGCGGUUGCAGGCUACGCGUGGUGAACAGUUUCGUCUUGAGGCGCAGAGCUAUCUAAAUGUUAUGAGAGGUGGGGCGGGGACGAAGGAGGAUGGGCCUAGAGAGUUGGAGGGCCCGGGUGUUCAUGCGAGGGCGGGGUAG